AGGUGAUACGCUCGAACGAACCAGGCAAUCAAUGGUUCGUAAACGUUGCGGAGUGAACCCUCUUUCAGAGACUUUGAGUAGUUUCCCGUGAUGCUUUACGAUAUGUGUCCCCUGCCUGCGGUUGUUUCAAACAAAUAUGGAGGAGAAAGAGAGGGACAGAAUUAAGAAACCGGAUAGUAAAGAUAAACACUCCGCUUCCACCGCUAGUACCUCAUCGGUGUCACAGGAUGACGACGCUUCUAAAAUAGACGUGUGUUCUGAAAAUUUCGACCCACUUUUGGCCCUGUACUCUCCCACGGUGCGGGUCCCUUUCCCAAACAUCAAGUGUUUCAACAAUGUCGCUGAGUACGAGAGUUUCCUAAAGGGGGGCCGCGGUAGAGCCAAGCCGGAAAAUGUGGAGAAAAAGCGGCUGAAGGCCUUGAAAGGGGUCGCCGACCCAGAGCGGAUCGAGAGACUCAAGAAGCUCGUGGUGACCAAGAAGUCGGUGGAUGAGGAGGAGGGAGCAAGUAGCAGCAGCCGCGCGCCACAGCCACGGCGACACAAACCCCCCAAGAAUGUCCUGACGAGGAUGACGUUAUGCAAAGGCAGCCCUUUGGGUGAGCUGCACAAAUGUGUGGAGCAGAGGAUCAGAGUCAAAGUCCACAUCAGGAGCUUCAAAGGAUUGAGGGGCGUCUGCUCUGGUUUUGUGGUGGCCUUCGACAAGUUCUGGAAUUUGGCGAUGGUUGACGUUGAUGAGACGUAUCGAGAGCCUCUUCUCGGGAAGGCCGUGCACCAUGAGAAAGCCCUCACCAUUUCACGGCUCUUUGAGAAGCUCAAACUCCAGGAGAGCUCAGGAGGUGAAGGAGGAACAACAAAGCACCAGGUCCAAGGAGAAAGCAGCCGGGGUCCGCCUUCAAACCCAAAGGUGACUUCGUCCGAUUGCCCUGCCAGGCAGAGAAGUGACAAGACGUCAGCGCCACCAAAGGCUACAAACACGGGUCAGCAGAAAGAGGGCAAGGCGUAUGGCAAGGUCCGUAUUCGCCAUAUCAACCAGCUGUUUAUCCGCGGAGAAAAUGUUCUCCUGAUCAACCCUCAACCCCUGUGACGGGCUGACUCUGCAUUUGUUUUUGUGCUAUCCAUGUUGAAUGCACUGCAGCGAACUGGCAGAGAUCUCUGGUUCAAUUUGGGAGAACCCGGAGUGGAUCAGACUGUGUAUAAUGUUGAUACAUAAGAUUUACAGAUCACCUUGUGCUUGAGGAAAUAAAAGCUUGUUGCAUGUUAA